UAUUGCUAAUUUGUGAUCGGUAGUAGCACGUGAGCCAGUCAAGAAAGUCAGCAGCAAUGGGCGGUGAUCUGAAGGAAUUCCUACGGCAGGCGGCAAUGCAAGUUGGUGCAGGUGGUUCAGCGGGAUUUGUGGAAGUUUGCAUCAUGCAUCCGCUGGAUCUGGUUAAGACCCGUCUCCAACUACAGGCCACACCUGGGGCUGGCGGAGCAAAGUGUGCUACCUACUACAAUGGAGUUUUCGACUGUAUGCGGAAAAUGGCACGGGCUGAGGGUCUCUUUUCGCUUUAUAAAGGAAUUCUUCCACCGGUGCUGGUAGAAACUCCAAAACGUGCAGUUAAGUUCUUAACUUUCGAGCAAUACAAACGGUUUUUCUUGUUUGGAGCUGAUAAGCCAACGCCAUUGACUUUUUCGCUGGCUGGGCUCGGAGCAGGAGUGACCGAAGCUAUCCUGGUGAACCCGUUCGAAAUGGUCAAAGUCACACUGCAAGCAAACAAAAACAAAGUCGGUGAGGUUCCGAGUACCUGGGCCGUAACGCGGCAAAUCAUCCACGAUUCCGGCUUCGGACUGAACGGACUGAACCGUGGUCUAACGGCUACAAUCGGACGGAACGGUGUUUUCAACAUGAUUUACUUCGGAUUCUAUCACAGUGUGAAAGGAUUCCUGCCGGAGUAUGACGAUUCAGUGAAAGAGCUCCUGCGUAAGAUAGGAAUCGGUUUCGUUUCCGGUACCCUGGGAUCGAUUGUGAACAUUCCGUUUGAUGUGGCUAAAUCUAGGAUUCAGGGUCCUCAACCAGUCCAGGGGCAGGUGAAGUACAAGUCUACGUUUGGUUCGAUUGCGAUUGUCUACCGCGAGGAAGGCUUUGCCGCUCUGUACAAGGGCUUGACACCGAAGGUGAUGCGCUUGGGACCUGGAGGAGCUAUCAUGUUGGUAGUGUACGACUACGUGUAUGCGUUCCUUGAUAAUCACUUUAAGCAGUGAAAUAGAAUUCGGUAUGAACGUCAUGUGCCAGUCAGUCUCUAAGCCAGGAAUCUAAGUCUACCUCAUGGUGUUUCUUACUCGGAGUGUUACUCGCUAGGGGAAUAAUUAUUACCUAGUUCCAUGUUGAAAUAGAUCAAUUCCAAUUGUUUACCACCAAGCAUUUUUUGCAAGACAUUUUUUCGU